CGGACACUACGAGUAGUAACAUGCGUGUGUGUUGGUGUGUAACUUACAGUGGAAUGUAGCUUCGUUGAUGCUUGCUUUUUAGCUGUCCAGUGUGAAGGGUCAAGUCGGCGCCUGACGUAGACCUCAUAUUUUUACUUCAUAUGGCUGCUCUUACAUUAAUAUGGAAAGAUGUGAACAGCGAUUGACUGGCGUUACGUCCUGUCUCCUUGGCUUAUGUCCCACGCUCCGACCCUGCUUGACCUCUUAAUGAAGAUAGCGAGUUUAGACAAUAGGUAAACAAGUUUCUUCACCCCUUGUGGCAAUUGUCUAAAACAUAUAGGAUGCUUAGAAUUAGGUAUUUGAUUUGUUGUCAAAGGCACUUGAUUUUCAGAUCUUUGACAUAUUUAUCUCAGCCAUGCAGAACAGUUAUAGCAAAGGUUGGACAUUGUUCAGAUCCAUUUUCCAAGAGUAUUCUCAACACUCCAAUCAGAACCUACAGCAAAUCCCUUUCAGUUUAUAAUUGGCUAUCAUCUCCAGAGCUUCAAGGAACCAAACUCACAUCAACUGACUUUGACAUUGAUUCUCAUGAUAAGAUAGAAACUAUCAACAGCAUUGAAGACGGUUUUGGAAAUAUGAGCAAAACCCUUUCAUCCAGAAAAGUAUUUCGCAAAACGUCACCUGAUUUACAGGAUUUGCAAUUUAGGGAUACGGAGGAUGUCGAAGAAGAAUUUGAGAUGCCUUCCAAGCCAGUCAGAAGAAAUACACCUUACUGGUACUUUCUGCAAUGUAAGAAGCUAAUCAAGGAUGAUCAGCUUCCUGAGGCCUUGGACAUGUUUGAGACUCAAAUGUUGAAAGUUGAACACAUCCCCCCAGAAGAAUAUAACUACACAGUGUUGAUUGGAGGCUGUGGAAGGGCAGGAUACAUCAAAAAAGCUUUAAAACUGUACAAUGAUCUGAAGAAGCGAGGCCUUGUUCCCACUGAUGCCACUUACACAGCCCUGUUUAAUGCCUGUGCAGAAUCCCCUUGGAAGGACUCGGGCCUGCAGCAUGCCCUAAAAUUGAGACAAGAGCUGAAAGCAAAGAAUAUUCAGUUCAACUUACCAACAUACCAUGCCAUCCUCAAAACCUUUGCUGUUUGUGCUGAUCUCAAAGCCUCCUUUGAUGUGUUGAAGGAAAUAGUGGAGCAAGGACAUGGAGUCACACGAGAAACCUUUAACUUGCUUCUCAUUGCCUGUAUAAAGGAUAAAGAGCAAGGGUUCAGAUGUGCUUUACAAAUUUGGCAUCAGAUGUUAAAGCUAGAAAUAACACCUGACAUCUAUAGCUACAACUUAAUGCUCCGCGCUACCCGGGAUUGUGGUAUAGGUGACGUGGGAAUGGCCUCUCGCAUUCUCUUGGCAGGAAAUGAAGAAAAAUGCACAAAAUCUGCAAAGAGGAAAAACCAGUGGAUCUCCAAGGGUCAACACGAAAGAAAAAACAGAGCAGUUAUUGAUAUUAAAAUGCUGGAAGAGCAGAUAUUUGGAAUUGUUGGUGUAGAGAAAGAAGAGCACACAACAUUGCAGAAGGGUGAAUACCCAUUCAUUAAAAAGAAAAGUGAGGAUUUUUCCCAAAGAAGAGAUACGAAUGGGAGCACUAACAUAACUCAAGAGCUUAGCAGUGAUUUGGUGCCCAUCAAAAACACAAGCAUUUUAACCAAAUCAGAAACUGAUUCUGAUUUCCAGUUACCUAAUUUGCUUGAUCUGAGAGUGAAUAACAAGAACAUAAUCUCCCUGGGACACGUGGUUACACCAAGUGAUAAGCUUUCCCUCAUAGGAUGCAUGGAUGGAUUUUUAGGCAAAAUGAAAGUGCAUGGUGUAGCCCCAGACAUUAAAACUCUAACUUUAUUGGCCGAAAUAGUGCAGUCUAAGAGUUAUGCAGAGUCCAAGUUGCUGUCUGUGUUUAAAGAAUACAAUCUAAAGCCUGAUGUGUCUUUCUUUAACACUCUGAUAAGGAAAAGGUCUAGAUUAGGUGAUCUGGAAGGAUCCAAGGCUCUUCUUCCAGUGCUGGUUGAUCAUUCUCUGGCUCCCAACCUGCAUACUUUCAAUGCUUUGGCAACAGCAUGUACAAAAAAGGAGGAUGGAUUACAACUUUUGGCAGACAUGAAAAUAUCCGGUGUGACCCCCAAUGUCUAUGUUUAUGGUGCACUCAUAAGAAAUGCUGUUAAACAGCUGAAUUAUGUGUUUCUCACUGAGAUCCUGAAAGACAUGAAGGCAAACGAGGUUUCCCCCAAUGAGGUUAUUAUUCGACAGCUGGAAUUUGCAGCACAAUACCCAGCAAAAUUCAACAGAUAUAAGGCAAAAAACACCUAUUUAGAGAAGAUUGAUGGAUUCCGUGGUUACUACAAUUACUGGUUGAAGACAACUUCUGCUGAAGAGACACCACAUCCCUGGGAGAAGUUCAGGAAAGUCCACAAACAUGUUGCAAUAGAUGAGAAUGAGGGAGUUGGCAAAGCAGCUCACAGGACAUAAUGAGCUAUAGUUUUUAUAAUACAAAAUAAAACACAUAAGUAGAUUUUUUUUUUUGUUGUUAACUACAUUGCUUAAAAAAAUUAAGGAAACGGUUAAUCGUGGCAGUUUAACAACAAGUCAGUUAAGCUUCAGCGAUAUUGAUCUGUCCAGUUAGGAAGCACGAGUGAUUGUGAAUCAACUUCACCUGCUUUGUGCAAAUGAAAGUGACAACAGGGGCACUGGAGAGGCAACAGCCACUUCUUCUUUCGGCUGCUCCUGUUAGAUGAUCCGCUGUGGCAACCCCUAACAGCAACACACCUCCCAAAGGUGCUUUCUCCUUUCCCUUCCUGACUGAUUCUUCCAUAGUUUUGUGUUUUGCUAGUGUCUUUGUCACUACUGGUAGCUGAAUAGAUGAAUUAAAAACAAAAAUGGCAAAAUUUGUUUUCCAAGUUAUCUGUUUGUGCAGCCUUCCUGCAUGAGGCUGUACAAAGCCACAGCUAACCCCAACAGCACUUGACAAGACACCUGUUUAUUACGAGAUGAAACGAUAAGUUUAUAUGGUCUUUAUUAUCACAUGUAAAGAGUACUGUGAAAUCUGAACAGUGGAACAAUUUAGCAUUGUCCAUUAAGCAAAUGCUGACUUGUAUGCACCGUGGAAAACCCAAGACUAAUGACCGGAUAAAGCAACACAGACGAGAGAAUGUACAAACACGGUACAGACAGCAACCCAACCAGGACCCUCGUGACCUCCUAGCCCUACUUUAUCACCACUAAUGCUUCUGUAAUUGAAAUUUUACUUAAAACAAAAAAAAAAACAAAAAAAAAAGCACCCUCUCAAUAUAAACCACGUCACAACAGUUUUUCCUCUAUUUUUAAAAUGACCUGUUGUAUUUGGGGAUCUGUUAUACAGUGUAAGCAUAUUGUUCAAAUAUGAUGUGUACUAAGUUCAUGCACAUUGAUAUUCUUUUAGACUACUCAACUGUUCUACUGCAUUCUUUCAUUUGGGCACUGUGUUUAUACUGUAGUUACUAUUAAUGUAAUGGUAUAAAAACUAACAUUAGGGAUGAGAACAAACUUAAACGCUGUUGCAGUAAGUUGAACAUUAUUCAGAACAAAGAAAAUGCCAGCUUUGAAAAAUGCAGUGAGUUAAUGGCAUUCAACUUAAUACAAAGUGAUU